ACACUACAGGUUGUUGAGAGGUGGGCGUACUCAAAAUACAAACUGACUUUGGAGCGUCUGCACUAAGAUGCUUAAAGAUGUAUCAAACUUCUGAGUUAGAAAGGAAUCAUUUGGGUUUUUGAUCGCUUCCGGAAACAGCUGCCUGUGUCCUGAAGCAGGUCUGCGGGUGGGAAAGGGGGGCGGCGAUGACCUGAGGCCCACCCCCCAGAGCUCACAGUCCUGCAGACAUGUGGGGGCCCCCUUCUCCUGCCAGGACUCGUGGGAGACUCCUCAGCUCUCUGUCCUCCAGCCAUAAGUCCUCUUCAUGCAGACGGCCUCCUCUGGACGUGGCGCCCGUGGAUGUGAGGAGACCUGCUGGCUGUGUGCGACAGGAGAACGCGUGUCUGACCGUGCGGGACGAGCAACUCAUCUCUGAACCGGACUUUCUGCGCUGUGAAAUGGUGGCCCCGGAGUCUCAGGGGUUCCUCCGAGCUUCCAGGGUGGGGGUUCACAGCGCUGUUGCAGCCAUGAGUGACCAGAUUCGUCAGCUUGAGGCGGAGCUGGAGGCCUGCAGCACGGAGCUAAGGGCAGCGCGGCUGAGGGCAGACGGCGGUCAGGAAGCGGCGGCUCACGCCCAGAUGCUCGUGGAAACGCUCUCUGAGGAGCUGAAUGAAACGGCUGCACUGGGAAAGAGGGCAGAGCAGCAACGGGAUCAAGCUCUUCAGAACGCAGAGACACUGAAAGAAGCUUUCAACGACUACAAAGCAUCCAUCUGUGUGAAGCUUCAGAGCGUGGUGGAGAGGGAGACCAGACUUAAGGAGGCCUUAAUGCAGACCGAGAGAGAAAAGCAGGAUCUGCAAACCAAGUUCACCGGGCUGGAGCAGGAGAAGGCCGAUCAGCAGCGGAAUCUCAGCCAGCUGCAGCAGCAGCUGAAGCAGGCGGAAGCCGGGGCUGCAGACCUGCGCCUCCAGCUGGAAGAAGCCACACAGAAGGUUCUGAAGCUGGAGCAGCAGCUUACGGAGCAGCGUGCAGCCCGAUCUGAAGUGACGUCCCUGCACAGAGAGCUGCAGGAGCUGCGCGCUGCCAGCUGCAGCCAGCAGCAGAAGCUGGCCCAGAGCUGUGCAGAGGCUGAACAGAGCCGAGCCGAGCUGGCCAGCCUGGAGGUGGCACUGAGUUUGCUGCACUUAAAGGAGGGCUCUAGCCAGGAGGUCUGCGGUUCCCCGUGCAUGCUGCCCCCCCUGGACCGUUCAGGAUCUGCUCAUCUGCUGAAACUGAAACCAGGUGAAGGUUACCAGCAGCUGCUGCGAGCGCUGCAGGCGGAGCGCAGCCGGACCAGCGGCCUGAACGACCGUCUGCAGGAGCGUCUGAGUCGAGCGCAGCAGCAGAUCGAUUCCCUGCAGGACGCCGUGGCCCAAAGAGCCGACCACUAUCAGAGGCUUCAGUCCGAGCUGCUGGACAAAAUCAACCACGCCGCCAACACUGACAGAGAACUGAAGAGAAAAAGCGCCCGAGCAGCAGCCCUGGAGAUCCAGCUGCAGGAGAAAACCUCUGCAUACAGUCUGACUGCUCUGAGGGUCACUGAGCUGGAGAAUCAGCUGCUGGAGAAGACAAACACCCUGCAGCAUUAUCAGUCUCUGAUGAGCCAAAGGCAGAGAGAGCACCGGCAAAGUUUGGAGCGCAGUGAGCAGCAGCAGCACAGGAUGGACGCGCUGCAGUGCUCGCUGGAUAAGGCCCGGGUUCGAGGGCUGCAGAUGGAGCAGGACCUGGCUGCGCUGCAGAGGGAGAGGGAUGCGGCGCAGGAGGCAGCGCUCCUGCUGCAGACCUCUGUGGAAAAGUUGACUCAGGAGAAGCAGAAUGAAGCCGAACAGAACCAGGAGCUUCUCCAGAGGCUGAAGGAGCAGUCUUCUCACUCUGCUGCCCAGAUCUCUGAGCUGCAGUCCUCCCUGUCGGCCUGCAGACAGGAGCUGCAGUCCUCCCUGCAGCAGAUGGAGGCUGUAAAGACGAGCUAUGAGGCGGAGCUGCAGAAGAAAAAUGACAAGGUGCGGUCCCUGCAGGAGAAGCUCCACAGCACCAGCCUGGUCUGCAGGAGCUCCAGCGAGGAGAACCUGAAGCUGCAGCAGACUCUGCAGGAGCAGCAGACCAUGCUGACCGAAAGCACCAGGCGGGUCUCUGAGCUGGAGGAGAGCCAGAGCCAGCUGCACACUCAGGUAGGCGGUCUGGAGCAGCAGCUGGAGCGAGCGCGAGCGUCUUUGCAGAGGGAAGUCCGGAGCAGAGAGCAGGACGCCCAGCUGGCCGACAGAAACCUGCAGCUGUCCAGGUCCGUCAGCCAACUCACAUCAGAGAUCCAGAACUAUCAGGCUGAGCUGGUUUCCAAAAUGAAGGAGGUGGAUUGUCUGAAGGCUGAUGUUUGCAUCAAGACUCAUCACAUCGGUGAGCUGGAGGAAACCCUGAAGCAGACGAGGAGCCAGCUCUGCAGCAAGGAGGACACAGUCCGUGGUUUGGAGGAGAAGCUCUGCUGCUCCGAGAAGGAUUGCCUCAACUGCAGCCAGCAGCUCCAAACUCUAGAGCUGCAGCUGCAGACCCUACAGGAGGAGCUGGCUGAGAAGGAGGAGGAGCUGCAGGAGCUGCAGAAAGCUCUACGUCAAACUCAGUCCACGUCCAAGGAGCGACAAGCUCAGGUGGAUAAACUGAGUUUCCAACUCAGUGAGAACCAGAAGGAGCUGGAGGAUCGAACCCAUGAGGUCUUAGACUUGAACAAUGCACUGCAGGAAAGACAGGGGGAGCUCCAGCAGAGAGCAAAGCUGCUUGGCCGCCUGGACGUUGCCAUCAGGGAGCACAAACUGGAGCUGGAGAGGAAAGUGGAGUGUCUGCAGCAGAAGCUAGAAUCUAGAGAGACCGAGCUGAGAGACGUCCAGAAGACACUAGUGGACAGGAGGACGAAGGAGCAGCAGGAGCUCAGCCAGCAGCUUCAUGAGAGUCAGCAGAAACUCCUGAAGGUGCAAGAAGAACUGCAGGAGAGCUGCAGCCAGCGGGAAGCUUUAAGCAGAGAGCUGGACGCCGCCGAGCGUCACGCCAAACACACGGAGGCUCAGCUGCACAGAGCUGAGGAGGAGCUCGCCCUGAAGGAGGCUCGCCGGCUGCAGGAGGAGGCCAGGCUGCAGAGCACGCUCUCCGCUUUGGAGCAGGAGCUGGAGCAGGAGAAGGAGCAGCACGGCCUGGAGCUGGAGUCCCUGCAGGAGAGCCGAGGGCAGCUUCUCAAAGUUUCCUCCUCCAUGCGCCUCUCCCAGGAGCAGCUCAGUGCCAAGCUUCUGCAGACCCAGAAGCAGCUGGAGGAGGUGACGGCGAGCGCUGAGCAGAGCCGGGUCGAGCUGGACCGGACCCAGCUGGACCUGGAUUACACGCGCAGCCAGGCCGCUCACCUUCAGGCCCAGUUCGAGCAGAGCCGGGUCGAGCUGGAGGAGAGCAGGACUCUGAUGGAGCAGAUGAAGAUCCAUGAGACUCGCCUGCAGGCCCAUGUGGAGCAGCUCCGGCUGCAGGUCGCUCAGCUCCACGCCUCUGCUGAGACCUCCACGGACUCCCUGCUCAUCAAGGAAUCGGAGGUGGCUCGCCUGCAGGCCCGGAUCCUCAGUCUGGGUCGAGCGGCGGAGCGGCAGGGUCUGUCCCGGCCUGCUCUUCACGCGCUCAAAAGCCCUCAUGCGUCUCCACACGCCCCUUUUCCGGGCCAGCACCCCUCUGCACCUCCGGCCCCCAACAACCCCCCGGCCGAGAGCCCCCCCGCGGGCUGGCUGAAGGGCGGGGAGGGUUUGAACCCGCAGUCGUUCCAGUCCUCCUUUGUUUUCUCUGAGACUGUGGACCUUAGCUGGCAGGCCCCUAGCCCCUCAGACAGCACCCCCCCCUCUGAGUCCUCCUUCAACCCUUUCACAUACAUGCCAGUCAGAGGAGGGGGGGGCGAGGACGAGCGUCUCACCGCCUCCAGGGGGGAGUCUGAGAGCAGCAUGGAGGACCUGGGUUCGCUCUCGGGCAUGCUCCGGUUCGUGGCUCAGACUCUGGCCCGCCAGGACGACCCGGCUGCCAGCAGGUCUGCAGAACCGGCUCCGGUCUGACCCAAUCUGCAGGUCAUAGUUCAGAAGUUCUUGAUCAAAAGUCCUCCAGAUGCUGCUGAGGAAAAGCUGAAUAUGUGUCGUUUUCACAAAGUGCUGAAUAAUGCAGACCAAGAGGCAAAGACGUGCUUUAUAGAGAAAAACACCCAAACCAACCCCAAUCUUCAGUUUUUGGUCAAACCAAUCCUCCAUCUGAGGAACUGCAAGCAGCUGCACUGCCGGGUGUAGAAGAUAUUUAAUGAAACGAAAAUCCUUUUGGACGGAAGACUUUCUUGGUGUAGCGUCUUGCUCUGAGUCGCCAUGGCGUCAGCUGUUCAGGUCUCUGGGUUUGUGGUUACUGAGGGCUGUAGCCAUUGCCAUGCAGUUGGCAUAAAAAACCGACCCCGUCAGUCCAAAGGGCCUAACCCAACACCAGCGUCUCUGCCUGCUGCUUUCACUGAACUCCAGAACCUAGAACCCUAGCAGAACCUCAACAGCCCGACCAACGUUUUGUGGUUUCACCAGCAGAACGCCGGAUGUGAGCGGCGUGAAAGCCGCCACACUAACGCACAGCGUCUGGUCCUUCAGGAAGCUGCUCGCUGUUCACUCCUGAUGUCAUCAUCGUGGCCCUCUGAGUGCAGAAGGUGACGUUUGGACAGCAGCUGCUGUGAUGAUGAAGUGAUGAUGAAGAGCGGAACGUGAGCGUGCCCCCCCCCCCCACCCACCCACCCACACUAGCACUUUAUGUUCUUUAGGAUGUUCUGUUAUUUAUCAGGUCGUGAUGGAUUAAAGUUUUUUUUAAAACGCU